AGAAAACGCUACGUUGGAAUAUGUUUUAUCGAUUGAUGCCCAUGGAAACAUCGUUUUGGUUUCCAAUAAUACCGAUUUCAACAGAAGUAACCUCAUAUGGUCUUCUAACGUUUUGACCACAUCUUUUAGUCACACCUUUGCUAUGCUUCAAGACACAGGAAACUUGGUUUUAACCAAAAAUGAAGCAAAACCAAGGGUUAUAUGGCAGAGUUUUGACUAUCCUAGCGACACAGUGCUGCCGUUCAUGAAAAUUGGGGUGAACCGGAAAACUGGUUUUCAUUGGUCCCUUACGUCGUGGAAAUCUCCCGACGACCCAGGAUUCGGGAACAUGACUAUGACGAUCGACCCAACUGGUUAUCCUCAAAUGUUCGUUUAUAAAAAUGGAGCUCCAUUUUGGCGGGUUGGGUCUUGGACAGGUGAAAGAUGGAGCGGCGUGCCACAUAUGACUCUCAACUUUAUCUUCAACAUCACCCACGUUGACAAUGCCAAUGAAGUUAGCACCGUGACCCAAAUCAUGGACCCUUCAAUCUUCUUAAAAUUUGUGCUUCACAACACUGGUCAUUUGACACGAACCAUUUGGCAAGUUAACGAGAAUAGGUGGCUCCAAAUAUGGGAUGAUCCAAGAGGGCAAUGUGACUACUAUCAUCAAUGUGGGUCAAAUAGUAAGUGUGACCCGUAUAAUGAGAAAAAGUUCGAGUGUGUGUGCUUGCCUGGAUCCGAACCCACAAAUCCGCAAGAGUGGAAUAUGAGAAAUUGGUCGAAUGGGUGUGAGAGAAAGAAGAAUGCAUCCGCGUGUCACAGUGGGGAGGGUUUUGUAAAAGUGGCACGUGUCAAGGUGCCAGAUACAUCAAAGGCACGUAUUGAUACGUGGGAGAGUAUGAGCUUGAAAGGGUGCGAGGAGAAGUGCCUAAGGGAUUGUUCAUGUGCAGCAUAUACAAUUGCGGAUGACAUCAAACAGACCGGGUGCUUGACGUGGCAUUCUGAUAUGGAAGACAUCAGAACAUUCGAAAAUGCAGGGCAGGAUUUGUACGUGCGUGUGGAUGCAGAUGAAUUGGCUAAAUAUGAAAGGAAGCAUUAUGGUUCCCUUGGAAAGAAGGGGAUGAUGACCCUCAUAGUCGUUUCUAUUUGCCUGAUAACGUUCCUGGUGAUCUCUUUCUUGUGUUGGUUUGUAAUGAAGAGCAAGAAUCAAGCAAAAAGAAUGCACAAAGAAUAUUUUUUUAAUGGAGAAGACAAUUCUGGCUUAACUCUGUUUGAUCUAAAGGACAUAGUCGAGGCAACAAACAAUUUCUCAGACGCUAACAUGCUUGGAAAAGGUGGUUUUGGUUCCGUAUAUAAGGGUCUACUUAAAGAUGGAAUGGAAAUAGCAGUUAAGAGGCUAUCAUAUUAUUCUGGACAAGGCAUUGAAGAAUUCAGGAAUGAGGUUACUUCAAUUGCAAAGCUCCAACAUAGAAAUCUUGUAAGGAUGUUAGGUUGUUGCGUAGAUGAAGAAGAGAAGAUAUUGAUAUAUGAAUAUCUGCCAAAUAAAAGCUUGGACUCUUUCAUAUUUGAUCAAGUGAGAAAAUUACAAUUAGAUUGGAGGAAAAGAUUUGACAUCAUUUGUGGAGUUUCAAGAGGAAUUUUAUACCUUCAUCAAGAUUCAAGAUUAAGAAUAAUUCAUAGAGACUUAAAGGCCAGCAAUGUCUUGUUAGAUCCUACAAUGAAUCCAAAAAUCGCAGAUUUUGGUACGGCAAGAAUAUUUGGUGGAGACCAAAUUGAAGCAAACACAAACCGUAUUGUUGGAACUUAUGGUUAUAUGUCACCUGAAUAUGCAAUGGAAGGAAUUUUUUCAAUAAAGUCAGAUACAUAUAGCUUUGGAGUUUUACUUUUGGAGAUUGUUACAAGCAGAAAGAAUAGUGGUCAUUAUGAUGAUGUUAGUUCUACUUUGGUUGGACAUAUUUGGAACCUAUGGAGAGAAAACAGAGCUAUGGAGAUUGUUGAUCCAUCAUUAAUAGGUGAAACAUGCCCUGAACAUGAAGUUCUCAAAUGCAUCCAUAUUGGGCUUUUAUGUGUGCAAGAAUAUGCAACAGAUAGGCCUACUAUGUCAGAAAUUGUUUCUAUGUUGGAUAAUGACUCGACUUUUCUCCCUCCAAAGCAACCAGCAUUUCUUUUCAAGAAAACUAAUUAUGAUGAUUCAAAUUCAUCAAUCAGUGAAGGAGUUAAUUCAAUUAAUGAGAUGAGUACUACCGUGAUUGGAGCUCGAUGAAAAUCAUGACUCUCAUAUUUGGUAAUACCCUUAUAAUGCUAUAAUACCU